CAUAAGUCAUAACAAACAAACACGAACCAAAAUAAAUAAUAUUCUAGGAAUUAUCCUCUUCAUUUUUCUUUUAAUUUUUUUUUUCUAUUUUUUCCAUUAUUUUAGGUAAACCAUCCGCGGCGUCCCUCCGCAUAAUCCAUUGCUACUUAUUUUCUCUCUCCUUCAUCUGUACUUUUUUUUUUUCAUCAAUGGCUACUCUUCUUCAUUUGCUUCCUUUCCUUCUCCACUUGCUGACUCUAUCUCACGCUCAGAUUGAUUACCGCUUCGGAGAUUCUCGUCCUCUUGUUCUUCUUCCGGUGACUAAAGAUGCGUUGACUUUCCAGUAUUUGACCGAGAUUCGCCAUGGGAGUUCCCUUCUUGCCACCAAGCUUGUUGUCGAUCUCGGUGGUCCGUUAAUCUGGAUGGGUUGUGAUUCUCAUCUGGGUUCUUUUUCUCCGCUCCGAAUUUCAUCUGGGUCAAUUCAAUGUUUGGCUGCUAAGCCUUUUACGACCCGUAGUCGUGUAGGAGACGCCGAUGGUUGUACCCUUUUCGCAGAGAACAAGAUUUCCCAAAUGGGUCGGCGUGGAGUUUUGGUGGAAGAUACCUUGGAUGUUCUUUUGGCUGAUGAAGUUUCGAAGUCUGAGGACGUUAACUUAGGUGAGUACCCUUUUCUCUUUGCUUGCGCCCCAAAACCCCUUUUGAAUGGCUUAGCUGGCGGUGCUAAUGGAAUGGUUGGCCUCGGAAGGACGAGGAUUGCGUUUCCUUCACAAGUUUCCGCAGCUUUUAGCUCUGAAUGGCAGUUCACUUUGUGCCUCUCUUCCUCAAAUGGUGUCGUUUUGUAUGAGAAGAGGCAUUACGGUUCUGUUUUUGGCUCUGAGAUAUCGAAGUCACUAAUCUACACUCCUCUCUUGGCUGGCCCAGAUGAUUCACAAACUGAAUACUUCAUCAACUUGAAGUCAAUAAGAAUUGGUGGUAAGAGAUUGUCAUUUGAUGUUGAACACACUAAGCUAAGCACAAUUGUUCCUUUCACCACUAUGGAAAGCUCAAUUUAUGCUAUAUUUAUCAAAGCUUAUGAAAAGGCUGCCUUUUCUAUGAAUAUGAAAAGGGUUGAACCGGUGGCACCUUUUAGGUUGUGUUUUGACUCAAAAUCUAUAAAGAAAACGCAGCUCGGUCCACUUGUGCCAGAUGUUGAAUUGGGGUUGCAGAGUGAGAUGGUGAGGUGGAAGUUUCAUGGUAGGAAUUUGAUGAUGAAAGUGAGUGAGGAAGUAAUGUGCUUAGGGAUUGUAGAUGGAGGUUUGAACUUGGGAGUUUCGAUUGUUUUGGGAGGUUAUCAAUUAGAGGAUAUGGUUCUACAUUUUGAUGUGGGUACUUCUAUGCUGGGAUUUAGUCCUUCUCUUCUCAAAUGGGGAAGAAGUUGUUCUAAUUUGAAGUUUGAUUCAUUACCAGUACAGGCUUUGUGAGAAUAUAGGACAAGGAUUUCUUCAUUCUGACGAGGUUAGAAAGAUCCAUAUGCAGAGGGGGAGCUUUCUUAUGAGUUCUAAUUUUGUAAUUGUUGUUUUGUGCUUCUUUGCUUAUUUAUUGUAGCCAUCUGGCCGAGCAAAAAGAAAUGUCUGUAAAAUAGAUGAUACUAUUGCUAACUGCCUGUAGUCAAUACAUAUACACCUGUUGAUUAGGAUGUAAUUUCCAUUGAGAGGGUUUUCUCUGCCUUGUUUUCUCGUGUGAUGGUGACCUCGAUUAACCUUUUUGAUAAUAGAAGUCUGGAGAGAGAGAACUUUUGAUAUUUUGCUGAUAACUUUGCUACUUUGUAACUUUUAUAUUUUGAAUACAAGUAUGUGAAAGUUCUAUGUUGUAUGUUUCAAUGAGAAGUAAAGAAAAAGAAAUGGGUGUUUAAAGCACA